GGAGCAAAGGCCCGGCGUCGUCCGGAGUGCCGCGGGCUCCUCGGCCCGCACCGGCAUGCUGCUUGCUGUUUGUUCUUUCUAUGUGAGAAACGUGAUUUGCGACUGUAGCGCUGACGCUUCAAACACUAUACGAGCAGCACAUGUGGAGACGCAACGUUCAAGCACCACGGAGGGCAGUGCCUAUUCAGCAACAGUCAGUCAGGGCUAUGUUUUGCCAGAAGGAAAAAUCAUGCCCAACACAGUCUUUGUUGGUGGAAUUGACGUAAGGAUGAAUGAAGCAGAAAUUCGGAGUGUCUUUGAACAAUAUGGUACUGUGAAGGAGGUGAAGGUCAUCACUGACAGAACUGGUGUUUCGAAGGGGUAUGGAUUUGUGUCUUUCUUCGACAAUGUGGAUGUUCAAAAGAUAGUUGAGUCACAAAUCAACUUCCACGGUAAAAAGCUGAAACUGGGGCCAGCAAUCAGAAAACAACAAAACUUAAAUUCCUGCGUGCAUCCCAGACAAAUAGUUCUUGGUCCUCCUCCACCACAGUUCCAGAGCGUGUGGGGUAAUCAGAAUAUGGAGACAUACAUGCAGCCUCCAGCUGUCAUGAACCCAGUAACACCCUAUGUUCAGCCCUGUCCAUACAGUUCAUCACCAGCUGUACUGCUAAAGCAGCAAGUUCCCAUAGGAUAUCAACCAGCUUACAACUAUCAGGCUCAACCACAGUGGCUUGCUGGGGAGCCAAGAAAUUAUGUAAUACCUCCAACUCCGGUGUAUACUUCAGUGAACUAUCAUGGCUCUGAGGAUCCAGGAUAUGUACAGAUGGAAUGCACUGUUCCAGAGCCCACGCAGUUGCCUAACAGCCCACAGAAGAAGUCUGUGGACAGGGGCAUGCAAACAGUACUAUCCUGUCUGUCUAAUCCUGAGAACCAGCUGACAAAUGACUUUGUAUCACAGGACAGCAAUGUAAAGGAGGGUAAGACAUACCACUUCAGAAAAGGAAAGACAGUACACAAAGCCAUUUGAUCAACAAAGACUUCAAAGUAUCUAAAUUAAUUAACUAGAUGGUAC